CUGAAAAACGCGCUCAUUUUGGGACGGCUGGCGCCGGAACUUGGAACUUGGAUCUUGGAACUCGGAACUUGGUGGUCCCUGCGCCCGCGCCAAGCAACUAUUUUGGACUCUGGGUAUGUCGAGCAGCGGUGCCGGUGAGGGCAAUGGGCGCAGCCGUUCAGAGGAGGUGGCAUGGGUUCACAAGGAGCAGCUCUACGACGAGCUCAUCGCCCGUCAGAAGAAUGAGAACAUCUCGCUUCGCAAGUUCGCUCAGGAGAAGGGGCUCGACGGGAACAGGUUCAAAUCAUGGUACGCAAGUGAAAGAUCUGGGUGUCCUGUGAUGUGAUUGUACUGUACGUGUGCAGGUUCCAUUCCGUCAGGAAGCGUAGAGAGUCUGGUGGCCCGGCCCCCGACGCGGGCAGAGUGAGAAAUCGGAGGCCCCGCUACCAGCAGGUGGAGAGAGAGGUCGUCCAGUGGAUGGAUGAACAUGAUGAUCCGGCAAAGAUCCGGCCCGCGGGCAUCAAACAGAAAGGGCUCGAGGUCGCUGCUCGGCUGGGAGAGGCUGAUUUCAAGGUGCGGUGCGGUGCGUACAAUACAUGUCAUGAGCUGCGCGCAAGUUGUUCUGGUUUGGUGCAGGCGAGUGAUACCUGGGUGAGGGCCAUGAAGAGGCGCUAUCAGCGGCAGCAUUCAAGCGGACAGGUGCGUCCGUCCGGCCGGUGGAGGCAACCAACUGAUCGUUGUGUGUCAGUCGACACACAUUCUCGUCCGCUUAUGUGCUGUGGUGUGUGCAGGGUGCGUCUUCGUCUGACAUGGUGAACCUCCUGGGGCUGUCAGACCUAACGGCGUCCCUGCACGCCCUCAGCAGCAGUGGGCCACCAUCCGAGUCACUCGUCCAACAGGUCAUUGAGCACCACAUCUCCCCCAUCAUCAAGGCCAUUCACGACAACAUCAACGCCAUCAACGACAAGGAGACCGACAUCAUGACCCAGAGCGGAGACGUUAUGACCGACCUGCUCGACAAGAUGGAGCCCAAGAUUGCGGUGCUCGAUGACAAAUUCCAGGCCACAAAAGACGCCUAUGACAGGCUGUGCGGCAUCGUGAUGGGCAUGGUGGAGGGCGGCGGGCUUGGGGAUGCGUUGGACGAGUUCGCUCAGUGUUUCUGUUCGAAUGCAUCUCCCCACAUCCCCACCGAGGUGCAGCGGUCCAUCUGGGAGGCGGUCGCUGCGGGCGUCACAGAACUCUUCUGCAGGUGGGGGGUGGGUGUGAGCCGCUCAAAGCACUCCAUGCAAUGCAUGCAUGUCAGCGAGGGAUGCUAUGCUGUGUGUUUUCUCUGUUUGGUGUCAUUCAUCAGUGCUGCUGUGCCAUCGGGCAAUCCUGCCGUGGAUGCGUCUGGCCGCCAGUCGGAGCCGUCACAGCCCUCGUCGGCCCGCAACACCACAAGCGUAAGCAACCACCGGCAACGAACAGGCCUGCGCUGGCCGCGCCUGUCACACAUGUCCUGCUCUUUGUGCUUUUCAGAUGGCGCCAUCAGUGGCUGAGCGCACUGAGCGAAGGAGCGAUGCCUUCAAGAUCCAGAGGACCGACAACAGGAGCCACCGAGCCUCCGCACCAUCAGACGUACCCCAACCACUCCACGACUUCACUCCUACACUGCUGGUCACACAUUGCACUUUUGUCUCCUUCCUUGCCCGUCGGUGGUUACGCAGUUGCUGUCUCGUUCGUCGGUCAAGGCCUCCAGCGUCGCGUCGAGCCACCACACUGUCGAUGCAAUGGUAAGAGGGGGGCAAAACGAAUGUGCGAAACAACUCUCGCAGCGUGCUGCUGGGCUUGACGCUUUUGCGUUCACCCUUCAGGCUGAGAGCGUCGAUUCCGAUCGGGACACGUAUUGCGAGAGCGAUAUGCUCGCCGACGGCGAGUCUGCCUCCGGCCUGCAGCUCAUCGAGCCGCCCGGCAAGACCACCGACAAGACAUUCAGCAUCGAGGCAUCCAUCACCGACGGCAAACUCACCAACGAGACAGCUGUGAGUGUGAUGCAGCGUCGGGCCAUCGAGAUUGUCAAGGCCUUCCUGCAGCGGCACUACAAGCUGAGCAGUCCUCCUCUUGCGGACUUGAAAUGCGUUCGGGAUGGCCAGCGGAUCAGCGGCAAGCUCAGGGUGAGCCUCACCGGCGCAGAGAUGGGCGGGAGGGAUGUGAGCAGCAUGAGGAACCAUCUGAGCGACGAGCUGCGGCAGCACCACAUUGACAUCAAGCGCAUGCAGGUACGUACCAUGAGGGCCGGGUGUGUAGGGGGAGGGGAUGAGUGGCAAUCGAUCGAUGGUGUGGUGUGUGGUGUGUAUACCUCAGGAGGCGGCGGGGUGAUAAACGAGCGCAGCGCCCAGGCUUUUCUGCGGCUAUGCGUUGGCGUGUGUGUACGUGUGUCUGAUUGACGCUUUAUCCAUCUGUGUAGAAUGUGUGGGUGCUGUGGUGUGGUGUGGUGUGGUGUGGUGUGCGCGAGGGAGGGAGGCAGGUGGUGCAUGCAUUUGUGUACACUAUCGAUAGAUCGGAUGGAUUGGAUGGAUGUCCUGCUUGGCUUACAUGUAGCCCGCCUGCCUGCCUACCUUGCUGCUUGUUGUCGAACGUUGUGUUGCCGGCACUGUCCUGGUUGGUGUACACUACUCCGCCCGACAGGGGGCCAGUUGCGUCUGUCUGUCUCUCUGCGGUAUGGAGACCGCAAGGGUCAGGUGUGAGUGAGUGAGUGGGUGCAUUCGUAAGGUUUUUCUCGGGAAAGGACAAUCUGACAUGUAUGUGAACAUUAUGUCCCUUUGGGACUCUAACAAACAAUCGAG